AAAGAAAUCAUUAUUUUUUUAUCAAAUGAUCAACAAAUUUAAUCUAUUCCUCAUCAUAACAACUCUAUCCUGGUUAACCUCAUCCAGAUUAGAUUAUGAUGGUAUAAACAAUAACAACGAUACACCAAUAGAAAUCUUAAUAUAAUAUUGCACAAGUUGAUCCUAUAAGGGAGCAUUUUAACAAUUAGAAAAUGCUCUCUUAAAUUAAGAAAUAAAUAAGGUUAAUUUGUUAGGUUAACCUUAUCCAAUAGGGCCUCAAAAAGAAAUGUUGGUCAAUUUACUAACAUAUAUUUAAUAUGGAUCCUUAAUCAUAUUAGUGGCUUGUGAUUCAAUUUUAUCUAAAUAAAUUCAAUUUUGGUAAUAAUACAUAAAUCCACAUAAAAUAAGAGUAGGACUUUUAAUAUUUAUUGGAUUCAACUUUAUUAUUUAAAAUUUGUAAUCUACUGGAGCAUUUGAAGUUAUAAUUAAUGGAGAACUUGUGCACUCUAAAUUAGCUACAGGUCAAAUGCCAACUUUAAAACAUAUUAUGGACUAUAUUAGUUCUUUAAAAUGAAAAAAUAAAAUAUAGCAUAAUUUGAAAUGAG